CUCUCCCUCUUCCCCCAGCUUUAGUCAAGAAUGGCCACUCUGAAGCUACAAACCCGACCACAUGUGGGUAGGAGAGAGAUCUUAGGAUGGCCGCCCCAUUCCUGAAUGAGUUUUCCUCCUCAAGUCUGGGCAUUCAGCAUUUGGUGACCCCCGCAUGGCCCGGCAGCUUUCCUCUACUUCCUCAGGAGCUCUGGGCAAGCCAGGGCCUGAAGGGACAGAUCUCAUGACUCACGUGCCCCGGGGAGCCCGCUCUCAUGCCAGCCGGUGUCAUCUGGGGGUCGGAUUAAAAGAUAACUCUGUUGGCAGGAGGAAGCAGGCCUUUGCUGCAUUAGGAACAGAUCCACGGUGGCUCUGCAGGAUCUCUUGGUCCUGUCUCGCUGUCUCAGUACAGAUGGUGCCCCCACCUCUGCCUCCUUCCUCAUCACCAGCCUCUUCGUGGAGAGAGAUAGGUGUUUAAGCGCUAGUGAGCACUCAAUGGGAUUUGCUUCCAGUUUCUUCUCUCUGGUCUCCUAGGAAAACAAAGGCCCAGGAUGGCUGAGCUUCCUCUGUGGAAAGGUGCCUGGGCCUUUGGGGAGGUGCCGGGACACUGGCAGCUGGGCUCCACCUACAGUGUCCUGUCCAUCAUGCCGUCAGACUCGGAGAGCAGCAGCUCACUCAGCAGUGUGGGUACCACCGGGAAGGCACCAUCGCCACCACCCCUCCUCACCGACCGACAGGUGAAUGAGAAGGUGGAGAACCUCUCCAUUCAGCUACGGCUGAUGACUCGCGAGAGGAAUGAACUGCGCAAGCGCCUGGCCUUUGCGACCCACGGGACAACCUUCGACAAGAGGCCCUACCACAGGCUAAAUCCUGACUACGAGAGGCUGAAAAUCCAAUGUGUGCGGGCCAUGUCUGACCUGCAGAGUCUGCAGAACCAGCACACCAAUGCCUUGAAGAGGUGCGAGGAGGUGGCCAAGGAGACCGACUUCUAUCACACACUCCACAGCCGGCUCCUGAGUGACCAGACUCAGCUGAAGGACGAUGUGGAUAUGCUGAGGCGGGAAAACGGGCAGCUACUGCGGGAACGGAACCUGCUGCAGCAGUCCUGGGAAGACAUGAAGCGGCUUCACGAGGAGGACCAGAAGGAGAUUGGUGAUCUCCGGGCCCAGCAGCAGCAGGUACUAAAGCACAACGGGUCAUCAGAGAUCCUGAACAAGCUGUACGACACGGCCAUGGACAAGCUGGAGGUAGUCAAGAAGGACUACGACGCCCUGCGGAAGCGGUACAGUGAGAAGGUCGCCAUCCACAACUCCGACCUGAGCCGCCUGGAGCAGCUGGGGGAGGAGAACCAGCGCCUGCUGAAGCAGACAGAGAUGCUGACCCAGCAGAGGGACACGGCCAUUCAGCUCCAGCACCAGUGCGCCCUGUCACUGAGAAGGUUCGAGGCAAUCCACCAUGAGCUAAAUAAGGCUACAGCCCAGAACAAGGACCUGCAGUGGGAGAUGGAGCUGCUGCAGUCAGAGCUGACGGAGCUGAGGACCACACAGGUGAAGACGGCCAAGGAAUCGGAGAAGUACAAAGAGGAGCGAGAUGCUGUGUACAGCGAGUACAAGCUCAUCAUGAGCGAGCGUGACCAGGUCAUCUCUGAGCUGGACAAGCUGCAGACUGAGGUGGAGCUGGCUGAGUCCAAGCUUAAGAGCAGCACAUCUGAGAAGAAGGCAGCCAGUGAGGAGAUGGAGGCCCUGCGGCAGAUCAAAGAAACGGUGACCAUGGAUGCUGGGAGAGCCAACAAGGAGGUGGAGGUCCUUCGAAAGCAGUGCAAGGCUCUGUGCCAGGAGCUGAAGGAAGCCCUCCAGGAGGCAGAUGUGGCCAAGUGCCGGCGGGACUGGGCCUUCCAGGAGCGUGACAAGAUUGUGGCAGAGCGCGACAGCAUCCGGACUCUGUGCGACAACCUGAGACGGGAGCGGGACCGGGCCGUGAGUGAGCUGGCCGAGGCCCUACGCAGCCUGGAUGACACUCGGAAGCAGAAGAACGAUGUCAGCCGGGAGCUUAAGGAGCUCAAGGAACAGAUGGAAUCCCAGCUGGAAAAGGAGGCCCGGUUCCGGCAGCUGAUGGCCCACAGCUCCCAUGACUCUGCUAUCGACACGGAUUCGAUGGAGUGGGAAACAGAAGUGGUUGAGUUUGAAAGGGAAACGGAGGAUGUUGAUCUGAAGGCACUUGGGUUUGACAUGGCAGAGGGUGUGAAUGAGCCUUGUUUCCCUGGGGACUGUGGCAUAUUUGUCACUAAAGUGGACAAAGGAAGCAUUGCUGAUGGUCGCUUAAGGGUCAAUGACUGGCUGCUGAGGAUCAAUGAUGUGGACCUCAUCAACAAGGACAAGAAGCAGGCUAUCAAGGCUCUUCUCCACGGGGAGGGAGCCAUCAACAUGGUUGUGCGGCGCAGGAAGUCCCUGGGGGGGAAGGUGGUCACACCCUUGCACAUCAACCUCAGUGGACAGAAAGACAGCGGCAUCAGUCUGGAGAAUGGAGUGUUUGCUGCUGCUGUGGUGCCAGGAAGCCCCGCCGCCAAAGAAGGGUCCCUUGUUGUGGGAGACAGGAUUGUUGCAAUCAAUGGCAUUGCACUGGACAACAAGUCUCUAAACGAAUGUGAAUCCCUACUGCGCAGCUGCCAGGACUCCUUGACCCUCUCCCUCCUGAAGGUGUUCCCGCAGAGCUCCUCGUGGAGUGGCCAGAACAUCUUUGAAAACGCCAAGGACACCGAAAAGUUGUUGGGCUUUCGAGUCCAUGGGCCCGAGGUCCAGGUACACAAUAAGCGGAACUUGGUACAGCACAAUAACUCCACACAGACAGACAUCUUCUACUUGGACCAGCUGGAGGACCGGAAGGACCUGGGCCUGGCUGGGGGCAGCAGCUCCUUUCUGCACAAGCCAUUCCCCAUCACCCCCCAGGCCUGCCCCAGCACUUCUGAGCGGAGCCUGAGUUCCUUCCGCUCCGAUGCCUCUGGGGAGCGUGCCUAUGGGCUGGCGGAUAUACGGAGCCGGCGGCCACUGCUGCCCUUCGAGACUGACAUGGGGCCUUGUGGAGCAGUAGAGGCCCCCCUGGACAAGGUUGACCCUGAAGGUUCCAAUAGCGGCGGGACCUGGCCUAAGGCUGUGCUCAGCUCAACAGCAGGGCCAGAAAAGCUGUCCGUCUACAAAAAGCCAAAGCAAAGAAAAUCCAUCUUUGACCCAAAUACUUUCAAACGUCCCCAGACGCCCCCCAAAAUAGAGUACCUGCUCCCAGGCCCUGGACCUGCUCACUCCCCCCAGCCCUCAAAGAGGGUGGGUCCUCUUACGCCCCCCAAACCACCCAGGAGGAGUGACUCAAUCAAGUUCCAGCACAGACUGGAAACUAGUUCUGAGUCAGAGGCCACUUUGGUGGGCAGCUCCCCAUCUACCAGCCCCCCAAGCGCCCCACCUCCUGACGUGGAUCCUGGGGAACCCAUGCAUGCCUCACCCCCUCGCAAGGCCAGGGUCCGCAUUGCCUCCAGCUACUACCAUGAAGGAGAUGGAGGGGACUCCUCCUGCCUACCGGCCAAGAAGUCCUGUGAGGAGGACCUCACAUCCCAGAAGGCAGAUGAGCUGGGGCAGAAGCGCCGUCGCCCCAAGUCCGCUCCCAGUUUCCGUCCCAAGCUUGCUCCGGUAGUGAUUCCUGCUCAGUGUCUGGAGGAACAGAAGUGCAGCCCAGCCAGUGGUGAGCUCUCCCCAGAGGCUCAGGAAUGGUCCUCAUACUCACCAGGGCACCCCAGCCGGCAUGGCAAUCCCCCACUGUAUCCCAACAGGCCAUCUGUGGGCACUGUUCCUCGGAGCAUGACACCCAGUACCACCGUGAGCUCCAUCCUGAGAAACCCCAUCUACACAGUGCGCAGCCACAGGGUCGGCCCCUGUAGCUCUCCACCCAUACCUCGUGACGCUGGCCCCCAGGGCUUGCCUACCAGCGCCCAGCACCAGGGACGCCUGAGCCUGGACCUGAGCCACAGGGCCUGCGGUGACUACUCUGAGAUGAGAGCCUCCCAUGGCUCCAACUCACUGCCCUCCAGUGCCCGCCUUGGGUCUUCUAGUAACUUGCAGUUCAAGGCAGAACGCAUUAAGAUCCCAUUAACACCGAGAUACCCCCGAUCCGUCAUGGGCUCUGACAGAGGAUCACUGUCACAUUCUGAGUGCAGCACCCCUCCUCGGUCACCCCUGAGCGUCGACACCCUGUCCUCUUUUAGCCAGCCCCAGACCUCAGCCUCCACAUUGCCCCGGAUUGCCGUCAACCCUGCAUCCCUUGGGGAACGGAGAAAAGACAGGCCCUAUGUAGAAGAGCCACGCCACGUGAAGGUACAGAAGGGCUCAGAGCCCCUGGGCAUCUCCAUUGUGAGUGGAGAAAAGGGUGGCAUCUAUGUCUCCAAAGUGACUGUGGGGAGCAUCGCGCACCAAGCUGGCCUUGAGUAUGGGGACCAAUUGCUUGAGUUCAAUGGCAUCAACCUGCGGAGCGCCACGGAGCAGCAGGCCCGGCUCAUCAUUGGGCAGCAGUGCGACACCAUCACCAUCCUGGCCCAGUACAACCCACAGAUGCAGCAGCUCAGCAGCCACUCCCGCUCCAGCUCCCACCUGGACCCCGCUGGUGUCCACUCCACUCUUCAGAGCAGUGGUGCCACCACCCCGGAGCACCCCUCUGUCAUCGACCCCCUGGUGGAGCAGGAUGAGGGCCCUAGCACCCCUCCAGCCAAGCAGAGCGCUUCCAGCUCCAGGAUGUUGGGAGAUGCCAGCAAGAAGAUGGCGGAGCCCCGAGUUGUCUCCCUCAAGAAGUCCCCGCUGGAGCUUGGAGUGCACGUGUGUGGUGGGAACCUGCGUGGGGUGUUUGUGGCUGAGGUGGAAGAUGACAGUUCUGCCCGGGGGCCUGAUGGCCUGGUGCCAGGAGACCUCAUCCUCGAGUAUGGCAACCAGGAGGUGCGGAAUAAGACUGUGGAGGAAGUAUAUGUGGAGAUGCUGAAGCCCAAAGAUGGCGUCCGCCUCAAGGUGCAGUACCGGCCCGAGGAAUUUGCCAGGAUCAAGGGCCUGCCUGGAGACAGCUUCUACAUCAGGGCCCUGUACGACCGGCUGGCAGAGGUGGAGCCCGAGCUGAGUUUCAAGAAAGAUGACAUCCUCUAUGUGGACGACACCUUGCCCCAGGGCACGUUUGGGUCCUGGAUGGCUUGGCAGCUGGACGAGAAUGCUCAGAAGAUUCAGCGUGGGCAGAUUCCCAGCAAAUAUGUGAUGGACCAAGAGUUCUCCAGGAGGCUCAGCAUGUCUGAGGUGAAGGACGAUAAUGGCGCUGCAAAGACACUGUCGGCGGCUGCACGCCGGUCCUUCUUCCGCCGGAAACACAAGCACAAACGCAGUGGGUCUAAAGAUGGCAAGGACCUCCUGGCCCUGGAUACUUUUUCCAGUGACUCCCUUCCACUCUUCGAAGAUUCCGUGAGCCUGGCCUAUCAGCGGGUCCAGAAGGUAGACUGCACCUCGCUGAGGCCAGUCCUGAUUCUGGGGCCAUUACUGGAUGUGGUGAAGGAGAUGCUGGUGAAUGAGGCGCCUGGCAAGUUCUGCAGAUGCCCACUUGAGGUGAUGAAGGCCUCCCAGCAGGCCAUCGAGCGGGGUGUCAAGGACUGCCUGUUUGUCGACUACAAACGGAGGAGCGGCCAUUUUGACGUGACCACCGUGGCUUCGAUAAAGGAGAUCACAGAAAAGAACCGGCACUGCCUCCUGGACAUCGCCCCCCAUGCCAUCGAGCGUCUGCAUCACAUGCACAUCUACCCCAUCGUCAUCUUCAUCCACUACAAGAGUGCCAAGCACAUCAAGGAGCAGAGAGACCCUGUCUACCUGAGGGACAAGGUGACGCAGAGGCAUUCCAAAGAGCAGUUUGAGACAGCUCAGAAGAUCGAGCAGGAAUACAGCAGGUACUUCACAGGAGUCAUCCAAGGAGGGGCCCUGUCCAGCAUCUGCGCUCAGAUCUUGGCAAUGGUCAGCCAAGAACAAAGCAAAGUCCUGUGGAUCCCUGCCUGCCCACUCUAGAAGGCUGUACCAGGAGGCAACUCGGCCAGCCUGAUGACUGGUGAUGGGGAGGCCUGGCUCCCUCUUCUCCAGUGACUGAAGACAGGUCUGUCUGUCUGUCUGUCUGUGGACUGGCCAGGAAGGAUGCAGAAUCAGGACUCCACAAGCACCUCCCUCACAGCCUAAGGGCAGCAGCCACACCACCGGGAUCCAGCCCCGGCCAGCAGGCUGCUCCUCCCAAGAGUGUGUUUACACGGUCAUGUGACACAGGGGCUCAAGGCCCACCUUCCUAUAGCCAGCCGACCAGAGAUGCUGCACAGAGAACCUUCAGAUCACACGUUUACAAGCCUUUUCUAAGUAUUUGGUUGUUUAUGUUUACUUGAAUGGCUCCCUGCUGUGGGUGCCCAGCCCCUGCCCCGCCCCCGCCCCACCCAUCCCUCUGUUGCUUUGGUUUUGCUUUUGUUCACGUCUGUCUUCAACAAAAUGGCCCUGGAACCUCCUUGGGGGCCGCCUUACUUCCGGAGGUUCUUGUUGGUGGGACCAGAGCCAUGUCGUGCCGUGGCAGGCCUCACUUCCUGGAGGGACACCGUUGACUGCAGGUGCUGGGACGGCUCCCUGGUGAGGGAGGAUCAGUGCCUUGUGGGGCCAACUCACGGUAGCAGCAUUUUCCCUCCCACGACGACGACUUACGGGAAGGCAGCUCUGGAGCUCCAAUGCUCACCUGUCCGCCUGCUUCUCCUGGGCUCUCCUGCUUCCCCAGCUGUGGGGCUUUCGUGGCCAGGUGCCGGCCAGGCUCCACCCAGGUUCCGUGAGUCCUGGCCUCCUAAACGGUGCAAUGUGCAGGGGGUCGUCCUGGCUCUGUCCAGCACAGAAGGUAUAUGCUUCUUCAGUAUGAAUCCACUCAUGUUUCAGACUUUGAAAGGAGAGCUCUUAGGGGAAACGUAAUGGCCACGAGCCUAGUGGAAAAAUCUUGGACGAACACCCAGGACCUCAGCCUUCAUCUUGGUUAUAGUGCUCAUAGCAGGAGCCUGACUCUGAGGAUGUCUGCAGUCUGCAUCAAAUUUGUUUCUCUCUCUCUCUCUCUCUCUCUCUCUCUCUCUCACUCUCAUUUGCACUUCUGAUGCCAGGUACUCUUUCUUGGCUGAAGAUUUGCGCUGGUUCCUUCCUUCAACUUUGUGUCCUGUUAAUAGGUACUGUAAGCAGCUCCGUGCGUCAUUAGGGGGGUAGGACCUAUAUUUUAAUACUGUUCCUAACAUUUCAUUUUACUAGCAAGAAAUCUUUGAUUUCAUUUUAUUCUUUGUACUUUUAGACACUAGAUUAUAGUUUAGCCAUUACUGACUUUUUUUUUAAAAAGGGAUAUAUUUUCUUGCACAGUUGCUCAAAAAAAAAAAAAAAAAAGACAAGUUUCAGUCCUCAGUGCUGUCCUUAUGUUUUUUACAGGUACAAGAGUUUUAGCUCAGACAAGUGAACUGUGUGCCACUCUGAGCACGGGGCUAUUUUGUAGGCAGCAGGCUGAGCCGGGAUGGGAUUGGCAGUGCAGGCAGGUACGGAUCUGACAGAUGGAUGUCCUGUGUCCUGUACUAAGAUGUUACUUUGUAUCAAAAGGUAAACAGACUUCAGUACAACAAAUAAAGAUCAAAGUCUGUGAUCUGUC